AUGGAGAAAAACAACAAAACAUCCUCAAACUUGUCAAUUUGUAGAAAAAUCCGUCAAGUACUUGCAACCAAUCUUGCUUUCAAAACCGUUCUUCAAAUGAAACAACAUAAUCAAGAACCUAAGCCACAACAAAUGAAGACAGUUAACAUAGAAGGAGGAAGUGGAGGAGGAACAAUCCCUAUCACAUUUGAUUAUUCAAUGGUAAGUGAACAUACUUCAAAAGUUGCUUCGCCACACGUCGGAGUAUCGGAAAGAAAAGGCGAGUCCGAAACAGUUAUCAGGGACGAUCAACGUAAUACAAAUGCUAAGAAAAAGAUGAUAGGUGAGAAUUAUAAUGGGAAACCUUUGAAGGUAGGGUUGGUGAACUUGGAGAAACAAGGUAAUAAAACAUUAGAUAUUAAUGAUGCUUUUAGUGAGUUCAUUGAACGUACUAAUAACAGAAUUGGAACUGUGUCCAACGUUGGUAAGGGACAGAACAUCCAUGUUCAAGAUGAGGCAAAUUCUUAUAACAAGAUGGAAAAUCUGAAUGACCGGUUUUCAGAUUUUAUUAUGGAAGCUAAGAAGAGAAUAAGCAAAACAUGA